AUGGGGCGGCGGCGGCUCCGGGGGCACCGGGGAGACGCGGUCGGGGCCCUGCCCGAGGCCAUCGCCGCGCUGAGUCAGACGCUGCCCGCCGGGCCCAGCCCCGAGAUCUUCCGCCGCGCCAAGUUCGACCGUCCGGAGGCGGCCCCGGCGCUCUGGCAGCUGCUCUUCCGCGUGCUCUCGCCGCUGCCCGCCGACGGCGCCUCGGCCUCCCGGGCCUCCCCGGCCUCCCCGGCCCUGGAGGCCCAAGUCCACCUGGUGAAGUCGGCGCUGCGCUCCCAGGGCUACCCCAGGAGGGCGCUGGCACAGCUCCCCGAGGACGGCUCCCAGGGCAGCCGCGAGCUUCUGCUGGCCCUGGCCUGGCUCCUGGCCCGCGGGCCCCUGCUCGAGCAGCUGCUGGCCCAGACGCGCGUGCGGCUGGGCGACGAGAUACCCCUGUGCGAGUGUGAAACCCUGGCCAGUGCUGGCCCACUCCCACCCCGCCGGGAAGCAGAUGGCCCUGUGGACAUACGCCACUUGCAGUGGCUGAUGGGAAAGCUACGGUUCCAGUGGCGAAAACUGAUCACCAGUCAGCAGGAGCAGUGUGCCCUCCUGGGCAAGAUCCACUCCUAUACCCGCGGCUGCCACAGUGACCGCAGCCUUGGCCACCUGUCUGUUGCUGAGACGGAGCUGUUCAGGGACCCAGAGGGUGGCCGGCAGCUGCUUCAGAGGCUGGAGAGUGAGAAUGUGCGCCUGGAGGCCGCCCUGGUGUGGCGGCGGCAGGAGCUGGUCUUCUGGAAGUGGAUGGACACCGUCCUGGGCGCCUGCCCCCUGGAGGCCUCACAGCCCACGCUUCUGCCCAGGACCCCCACGGUGGGGGCCAGCGAGUUGGAGCUGGUGGCCCGGGAGUUGCAGGCCCUGCAUGAGGAGCUGCGGGGAGCGGCGGAGCCCCGGCGGGUGGCCUGGGAGGCCAGGGCUGGAGGCCGGGGGCCAGAGCGGACUGCUGUGCAGCGGGCCUCACAGGAGGCCGUAGGACGGGAGCUGGCCGCCCUUCAGCGGGCCUGGGAGCAAGGUGAGGCCCUGGCCCAGCCCCAUGGGCCCCGCCGGCUGGUGAAGAGAGACGCCGGAGCCUCGGGGGGUCCAGGCCUGCGGGCUGCCGAGCUGAUUGGGGUGCUGAGGAGCCGGGAAACCUGCCUGGAGGCUGUGCUGGGCCGGCUGCAGACCCGGUGUUGGCAGGAGCUGACCAGGCUGGCGGGAGCCCGGCCCGGCCUUCUCUGGAUCCUGCCGCCCGGUCGCUGA